GUUACAGCUUCAUUCCCUCCCCCUCCCCCCUCUAUGUGGCGCACGCAUCCACACCGAGGUUGGCGUACCGCGAUGGAGGAAUAGAUUGUUUGUCAGCUGAACAGAAAGUUUCCUUGUAAACAACGCAACUGAAUUCCUUAGCCGGUCAACCUCCAGGAAAUCCUCUACUGAGAACGCCACUGAAGACUCCCCUGUCAUCCACGUGUCCUCCAAGUUGCGCUUGCAACAUUUUUGGCACUCACUCUUCUGGCUUGUUUUUUUUUUACCCUCCCUACACAAUAAACAAGUUUUCUGCUGCCUCAUCCACAGUGUCCAACAUAAAUCGGGCGCUUUGAAGGAAACGUUUUUACAUCUGCAACAAGUAGUCAGAAAUCAGACAUGUUUUUUCCCCUUUCUGCAGGAGGAAAUAGACAUGCAAGACUAACCAACAAGGUGCCUAAUCUCAAAAGAAUAAAUGCUGAUCGCCAAAUUACUUCAUUCUAUACGUAACGGACAUCUGUCAACUUUCUUUAUGAAAGCGAUUUCAACAGUCUGUGAAGUGGACGUAACCAUAAGCAUGAGUCGCUAAGCAAAGUCAGUAUUUUGUUUGUCUGGACUGAGUUUCUGUUGACAUUCCCCUACACUAGAAGGCGCCACAGACAAUUGAACUACAAGCGAUAACUCAGUUUUGCCAUAUUUACUCUGUUCACGCUGCCAUAAAACAUUUUGCCCUUGUUAUACUUUGCCUAACUCUGAAAAGUUAACCCUUGGACAAUGCUAAAGGAAUCCUGAGCUAAACUGAUUGUGUUGAAAUUUCACCAUGUAAGAGUGCAAGCAAACAUUACCGGCAGCAGGCACAGUCAAAUCCUCACUUCAUAAUGAAUGGCACAAGGAUGUCUCAUAACCCCAAUUGCUGUUGUUGAGGAGGACGCUAAGGUGAAGGCGAACAGGUGUGAAAUGACAGAGUGCCUAACAGAAUGCAAAGCGCUGGUGACUCCAUCCACGCGCAACGGCCACCGCGUCUUCAGUUAUACGCUAGAAAGCCACACAGCAGCCGCCUUUGCCAUCAUGAAUGAGCUACGUCUGGAGCGGCAGCUGUGCGACGUGACGCUGCGUGUGCGUUACAAAGAUCUAGAGGCAGUGGACUUUGUUGCGCACAAGGUUGUGCUGGCAUCGUCAUCCCCAGUGUUCAGAGCUAUGUUCACCAAUGGCCUGAAGGAGUGUGGCAUGGAGCUGGUGCCCAUCGAGGGGAUCCACCCAAGAGUUAUGGGCAGACUCAUAGAGUUUGCGUACACAGCCAGCAUUUCCGUAGGAGAGAAGUGUGUGAUCCAUGUGAUGAACGGUGCUGUCAUGUACCAGAUAGACAGUGUGGUAAAGGCCUGCUGUGACUUCCUGGUGCAGCAGCUUGAUCCCAGCAAUGCCAUUGGUAUCGCCAACUUUGCUGAACAAAUUGCUUGCACAGAGCUCCACCAGAAGGCCCGUGAAUACAUCUACAUGAAUUUUAGCCAGGUGGCAACCCAGGAAGAGUUCUUCAACUUGUCUCACUGCCAGCUAGUGACCCUCAUCAGCCGUGAUGAGCUCAAUGUUCGGUGCGAGUCGGAAGUCUUCCAGGCAUGCCUAGACUGGGUGCGUUACGACCGGGAGAACAGAAGGCCGUACGUCCAGGCCUUACUCCAGGCUGUCCGCUGCCAUUCCCUUACCCCCAACUUUCUGCAGGCCCAGCUCCAGUCCAAGGACUGGGACCCCCAGUCUAAAGACUACCUUACCCAAAUCUUCGAGGACUUGACUCUUCACAAACCCACCAAAGUCAAUUCCUGCCGAACCCCCAAGGUGCCACAGCUUAUUUACACUUCAGGGGGUUAUUUCCGUCAGUCACUCAGUUACCUGGAGGCGUAUAACCCCUGUACAGGGGCCUGGCUGAGGCUUGCCGACCUACAGGUACCACGAAGUGGACUCUCUGCUUGUGUAAUCAGUGGGCUUUUUUACGCAGUUGGUGGAAGAAAUAAUGCACCUGACGGCAACAUGGACUCAAAUGCUUUGGACUGCUACAAUCCUAUGAACAACUGCUGGCUUCCAUGUGCACCUAUGAGUGUGCCAAGAAACCGAAUUGGCGUUGGUGUUAUCGAUGGCAUGAUAUAUGCUGUUGGUGGCUCGCAUGGGUGCAUUCAUCACAAUAGUGUAGAAAGGUAUGAUCCAGAAAGGGACCAGUGGCAGAUGGUAGCCCCAAUGUUGAACCGUCGUAUCGGUGUGGGUGUGGCCGUCAUUAACCGACUGCUUUAUGCCGUGGGGGGAUUUGAUGGGGCCAAUCGCCUGAGCUCCUGUGAGUGCUACAAUCCUGACAGGGAUGAGUGGAAGACCGUGGCCGACAUGAACACUGUCCGAUCCGGAGCAGGUGUGUGUGCACUGGGGAACCGCAUCUUCGUGAUGGGUGGCUACGACGGCACCAAUCAGCUGAACACUGUAGAGUGCUAUGAUGUGGAAACCGAUACGUGGAGCUCUGCUGCCUCCAUGAGGCACCGACGCAGCGCGCUGGGAGUCACUGCGCUGCAUGGGCGCAUCUAUGUGUUGGGAGGUUAUGACGGCAGCACGUUCCUGGACAGUGUAGAGUGCUACAGCUCAGACAAGGACACAUGGUCAGAGGUGACACACAUGACAUCAGGGCGGAGCGGCGUGGGCGUGGCCGUUACAAUGGAGCCCUGCCAGAAGGGUGUGACUCUGUGUCAGAAGUCGAACAGCGAGAAUGUUGCAGCCUCAUCCCCACCCUAUCAUACCACUGCAUCGGGUUCUGGAUCUCAGCACGUUCAGCAGUCGAGUGGGCCCAUCAGCAAAAGCACAUGAGGCUCACUGGUAGAACACACGUGCACAGAGGUGAACACACAUGAAACAAUUCAUCAGUCUACAGUUGACAUAUGCGAGGAGUUAAAAAGUAAUUUUCAAAGUCCUACAGGUGCUCAACUAUAGGCCGAGCAUGAAUUUUAAAAAAGAAAAGUGAUCUUAAGUGCUUCUAAUCUGAUUGCUGAAUAGAAAAAGACUCAACAGUGUAAAUCCAGAAAUCCAAUCAGUAAUUUAUUGCAAUCACUUGACUCUAAAUUAAGAGCAACAGAUUGUCCAAAUUUAGUAUCAUCCCGGAUCUUUCAGGCUGGUUUGCAAGAUCUGGACUUUGGCGGGACUCAGUCCAUGUCCUAAGUGUUUGUUUGUGAUGAGGCUUCAUUUUGGACAGUUUAAAAAAAAAAAAAAAGGCUGCAAACUUAAAGUUGUUCACCAGCCUGUAGCUUUUUAAUGAGUCGUCAUUCAGGAGGAAAAACAAAUACAAGCAAUGAGUUUAAUCUGAGGCGAGAACAAGAACUUGAAUGAGAGUUGUAGUAAGGAGGGGUGUGGGGGGGGGGGGGGUAGCAUUUCAUCAGUAUUGACAACAGUUUAAAGUGCUAUUGUGAUGCCCGAAGGGACCGUUGAACAUUAAAUCAGACAGCAGUGGUGGGCACAGCCAGCCUAAAAGUUAGCUUUGAUAACCAUGAAAAUCACGCGCAAGAGCUGAAAAUUGAAUGUCGAAGUGUGAACAUGGCAGUUCCAAAAAUGUUUAGCAUGCCAAGAUCAGAAGAUGAUCGUGAUAUACGUAAGUAAAUAAUUGAACAAAUGAAACUAAACAGGAGCUUCCAUUCAGCACACAUUUUAUUCACAGUCCAGAAGGUAUUGAGUAAAACUUAAGGAAUAAAAGUACACAUGAAAAAUGGACUCAGUAAAUUGAUUAUUGUGUUUACUCUGUCUUGACCUCCUGCUCCUCUGUCUCCUCGAGGUGAUGCUUGUUGCUUUCAUUCUUUGUCAGUUUCGCUUAUUGGAUUAGUGUUUAAGCUCCAACACAAACAAUCACGUAUGAAUUUUGCAUAUACAAACAUUUUUUUACAGUUACAAAUUCAUUCCAAAAAUCUUAGCGCAAUUACAUUCAGUGGAUGUUAAUUGGUUUGCUAACUGUUUCCAAAGUUAUCUGAAAAGCUAAUCGACCGAAAACAAACAAAAAAAACCCUUUGCUCGUGAGCGGUUAAUAGAUUAUCUGGACUGUGCCCAGCACUGCCAGGCGGCCAUGAGGCGGACCUGACGGUGUGUCACAUCCAAUCAUUUGUUCUGGAAAAGAUGGAAAUUUCCAGUUUGCUGUCGUCUCAUUAAACACGAGUUACAGUGUCACAGGAUGUAAUGUUUUACUUGGGGGGGGGGGGGGGGGGGGGGGUUAGCGAAAGCUCUCUUUUGUAAAUUUAUCAGAGUGCAGUUCGUUGUAACGAUUAUGGGUCAAGAAAACAGUAAAAUGAGAGAAAUGGGUGACUGUAGCAUUUUAUUUUUAAAUUGGCAGGUGUGUUUUAUGAAAAACGCUAAUAAAGACAUGAUUCCUCACUGUACAGUUGACAGUUGGUUCUUGCCUCCACCAGACCUCAGAGACAGAAGUGACCAUAUUUGUGUGCAUUAGUAUUCAAGUAUUGUAUGCUAAUGGCAUAAAAAGACUUGCUUAAAAUGUAUUUGUAACAGCAAUUUAAGCUACAAAGUUUUUAUGUCACAUUUUGUACAUUCAUAUUCUAAGUCUUGUACAGAAUUUAAAAGCUCAAUUUUUUAUUUAUUUGUUCAGAUCCUCUGUUUGUACUGAAUCAGACUCUGGUGUUGUAUUUUUGAAUAAUUGGCAUGUGUUGUAAUAGAGUAGGAAUGCUUAUCGAUGCUAAUUUUGAAUGUUUUGUAAAAAUUAAAUAAAUAUGGUUUCAGUUGGAAAGGGA